UACUUUUGUCUUUUGUUUGAGCCAUAACCUGAUAAUAUGUCCGGGCGAGCGAGAGCAAGAUCUCGAGGACGUGCGAGGGGGCAAGACACCGCUGCCCCAGGAGUGCCACCUUCGGCAGCGGAGGCUGCUCCUGAGCGCCAUGUGAUGCCCCCGGCUGAGGGCGAGCUUGUGGGGCGCGGUCGCCAGAAGACUGCCCCAGCAGCAGCCACCAUGGAAGCUGUGGCCGAGAUCUCAGCAGGCUUCCAGCAAGUGAAGAUUGGGGAGCGAGGAGGACGCCGCCGGGACUUCCAUGACGCUGAUGUCCACACUCGCCAGAUGAUGGAGCACGUGAAGGACUCCAAGUCUGGUUCAUCGGGUUCUGCCAUCGAGCUGCAGGCCAACUUUGUGCGCCUGAUGUCUCGCCCUGAGUGGGUCCUGUAUCAGUACCAUGUGGACUUCAACCCACCCAUGGAGUCUCGCAGGCUGCGCGUGGCGUUGAUCCACCAGCAGGAGGAGACACUGGGCUCAGCACGCAGCUUCGAUGGAGCCAUCCUCUUCCUUCCACAUCGUCUUCCUGAUGCCGAGACUGUGCUGGUUGCAGAGACUAGACAUGGUGAGAGGGUCCAGAUCAAGAUCACCCUGACCAAUGAGCUGCUGCCUUCUUCUCCUGUGUGCCUGCAGUUCUACAACAUCAUCUUCCGCAGGAUCCUGAGAAUUCUGAACAUGCAGCAGAUUGGCCGUCAUCAUUACAACCCGGACGACCCCCUGAACAUUCCCCAGCAUAGGUUGACUAUCUGGCCCGGCUUCCAGACCAACAUCCUGCAGUAUGAGUCCAGCAUCAUGUUGUGCAUGGACGUCAGCCACAAGGUGCUGCGUAACGAGACGGUGCUGGACUUCAUGUACAACCUCCGCAGGCAGUGUGGGGACCACAACUUUGCAGAGGCCUGCACCAAGGAGCUGGUGGGCCUUGUCGUGCUCACCAAGUACAACAACAAGACCUACCGGAUUGAUGACAUCGCGUGGGACCAGACCCCCAACAACACCUUCACAAGAGGCGACAAGGAGAUCUCCUUCAAGUCGUACUACAAGACGCAAUACAACCUGGACAUCAGCGAUGCCAACCAGGUACUGCUCAUCAGCAUUGUGAAGAAGAAGGGGCCGGCCGGAGCCCCGCCCCCAGGCCCUGCGCUCCUCGUCCCCGAGUUCUGCUUCCUGACGGGCUUGACUGACAAGAUGCGCAGUGACUUCAACAUCAUGAAGGAUCUGGCCACUCACACCAGACUGACCCCAGACCAGCGGGAGAACCGCCUGGGCAGAUUCAUUGGAAAGAUCCAGAAGAGCCCCCAGGCACAGAAUGAGUUGACACCGUGGGGCCUGAGCUUCGAGGAUAAACUGCUGAGGCUGAAGGGACGUGUCCUCCCCCCUGAGAGAAUCGUCCAGGGCAGCAGGACUUACGAGUACGCUCCCUGGGCAGCGGACUGGUCCAAGGAGAUGCGCGGCGUACCGCUUAUCAGCACCAUGCCGCUGGAGAACUGGGUGGUGAUGUUCACGCGCCGCAACGCCGACGUGGCCCAGUCCCUGGUGCAGACCCUUGGCAAGGUGGCCGGACCCAUGGGCAUGCGCAUGUCACGAGCCACCAUGGUUGAGUACGAUGACCGCUCGGAUGCCCUGCUGCGAGCCCUCCAGCAGAAUGUCAACCCAGGGACCCAGAUGGUGGUGGUGGUGUUGCCGACCAACCGCAAGGACAAGUACGACUGCGUGAAAAAGCAGCUGUGUGUGGACUGCCCCACGCCCAGCCAGUGUGUGGUGGCGCGCACCCUCAGCCGGCCACAGGCCCUCAUGACCAUCGCCACCAAGAUCGCCCUGCAGAUGAACUGCAAGAUGGGAGGAGAGCUGUGGAGCGUGGACAUCCCGUUGAAGCAGCUGAUGAUCGUGGGCAUUGACUGCUACCAUGACACCGCAGCUGGGAAGAGAUCCAUUGGGGCACUUGUGGCCAGCCUAAACCAGAGCAUGUCCAGAUGGUUUUCCAAGUGUGUGCUGCAGAGCCGUGGCCAAGAGAUCAUCGACAGCCUGAAGGAGGCCCUGCAUGCUGCCUUGAAGGCAUGGUACAAGCACAACAACUGCCUGCCAUCGCGCAUCAUUGUGUACCGGGAUGGUGUAGGAGACGGCAUGCUGCAGACAGUGGUGAACUACGAACUCGCCCAGAUCCAGCAGUCCAUCAGAGCUCUGGGCCAGGACUACGCGCCCAAGCUGACCGUGGUGGUGGUGAAGAAGCGCAUCUGCUCCCGUUUCUUUGCCCGUAUCGACGGCAAGCUGGCCAACCCCCCGCCAGGCACGGUCAUUGACACAGAGGUCACGCGCCCAGAGUGGUACGACUACUUCAUCGUGAGCCAGGCUGUGCGCAUGGGCAGCGUCUCCCCUACACACUACAACGUUGUGUUUGACAGCAGCGGCCUGAAGCCUGACCACAUGCAGAGGCUGACCUACAAGCUGUGCCACCUGUACUAUAACUGGCAGGGUAUUGUGCGGGUGCCUGCGCCGUGCCAGUACGCCCACAAGCUGGCAUUCCUUGUGGGCCAGAGUAUUCACAAGGAGCCCAACUACAAUCUGGACGAUUUUUUGUACUACCUGUGAUCCCAGAUAAUUAACACAUUCAGUGUAGAGUAGAGUGGGGUAGAUUUAGAUAAUGUUAGGACAUGGGUUAUCCAAGAUGGAUAUGUAUCGUUGGAUGUUCAGUUAAAAUGUUCAGAGCACUUUCUGAAAUGUUCUUAGAUUUUUUUUGUGAGACAAAUUAGGUUUUGUGCCCCAAUUUUAUGUUGAUGUUAUUCCAGUAACCAGGAAGGGCACUUUAAUGGUGCUCUUUUGUUUUUGAAAUGAGAAUUAUGCACUUAAGCACAGUUGAUCGCACAGGUUAUUGAUCAAUUUUGUGGGAAAUAAAGUUGUGCAAUUGAAUUGCAGAAAGCAGCAUUACAUCGAAUGUAAUAGUAGUCAUUUGCAAAAUUGAUAAUAAAUAUCAAGUUUUUCUGUAAA